AUGACCGGAAAUCCCACAAGCUCAAUGUCGGCGCAAAACUUGCAGGCUCUUCUUGCCCAGGCGAUGAGGCCUAGCAGGGACCCGUCUCUGCCAGCUCUCAACCCACGAGCUGUGGACGGGGCCACGACCUAUAACAACACCCCAUUCCAACUAGGCCUACACCACCCGUCUCAUAACCCGAUCCGGGAUACACGGCCACAAAUGGUACCUUACGCUAGUCAAUUGCAACCCGGAGCCACGUAUCCCUACCCCGAAGUCCCAAGCUUAGGUUAUGACCCAUUCCCACCGCCACCGUCGGGCCUGGAAGGGUAUACGGCCGCUCAGCUAGCUACACUCGAGAAUUCGUUCCGAGGACUGCAGUCUGCGAGUAAUCCAGUCGACUCAACUGGUCCAAUCCAUCCCGAGGAGCCUGUUCCGCCAACCCACGUCUAUAGCAAGGGGAUUUUAUCUGGGCACCACAAGUCUGGGAAAACCCAACCCUCGGCAAGCCUUCUAUCCAAGAAAAUUCGACCUCAAACAUCGAGCUCUCAUGUUCCUACUCGUGACUCAACCUCUGAUCUGGCGGAUAUGGACUGGGACUCAGAACCGAGAACCGAAUCCGAACUAGAACCUAAAUCAAGAUCAGAGAAGAGAGUAGCCUCUUGGGGUACCAACCAAAAGCGAUCUCGAUCUCAGACUCAUGACCCAACCCCGAACAAGAAAGUGAGAUCCGCCCCUGAUCCAACUCCGGCCGAGCCUGCCCGGGGGGAAUGGAAAGAGAUCCGCACUAGAUCGGUGAACAGACAUCCGGAUUUAAUGAGGCACCUUGGGCAAAGAAAAACCGAUCCUGUGUAUCAUUACUAUCAUGAAAUCAUGGAUACCUCUAGCAACGAGUCCCCAGGGCAUUGGGAUUGGAAAACGGAGAAGGACCUGCCUGCGAACCUUAAAGGGUUGGAGAAGGAACGCUUGACCUACGAACAAAUCAAGACAUUGGCUUUCUUUAAGCCCGGCAUCCGGAGAAAGUACGGAACAGCCUUCCGAUGGAGAGGUCAUAUCCGCUCUGAAUACGCCGCCUUCUCGAAGCCGUGGAGAAGGGGAGGUUCAAAUUGCCUGCACACCUCCUUCAUUCGUGUAACCCGUGUCUAG